AUGGCCUCCAAUCGCCCCCCCUAUCACGGCCUCAAACGAAAACUCGUCCUCGCCAUUGAUUUGGGGACUACAUACUCCGGAAUAUCUUAUGCCAUCCUCGAUCCCGGUAAGGCGCCCGAAAUCAAGACAGUGAACAGAUAUCCUGGCCAAGAGGCUGGCGAUUCAAAGGUACAGACCGUCAUCUGGUAUGAUCGCCUCGGUAACAUCCUGGCGACUGGCGCGGAGGAACCUCCGCAACACGAGGAAGAGGGCGAGGACUCGGGUUCAGAAGACGAUUGGCUUCCCGUCAGCAAUGCCAUCAAGGUCGAAUGGUUCAAACUACUUCUAGGACGCCAGAACCUUCAGGGUCAAGACGGUAUACCGAGGAUAACACUGCCGCAGGGUAGGACCAACGUCGUGGACGUCUAUGCUGACUUCUAUCGAUACUUGUUCGAACACGCCCGUAUUUUUAUUCAAGAAACCCAUACUAUCCUCUGGGAGUCCGUUGCCGACGAUAUCAAUUUCAUUCUUACCCACCCGAACGGCUGGGAGGGACGUCAACAAAGUUCUUUACGAGAGGCGGCUGUGAAGGGAGGCCUCGUUCCGGACACGAGAGAGGGUCGAGAACGCAUUCAUUUUGUCACUGAAGGAGAAGCUAGCCUCCACUACUGUAUCAGCAGUGGGCUUGUUAUGGAGGCGAUCAGGAGCGGGGAAAGUGUUAUGGUCGUUGAUGCGGGAGGCGGAACAGUGGAUGUCAGCACGUAUACCAUCAACGAAGUAGCGCCAAUGUCUGUGAGGGAGAUUGCGGCUCCAGAGUGUAUUUAUCAAGGUUCGGUCAUGGUGCGCAAUCGCGCGCAAGACUACAUUAGGCGCAAACUCGCGGACUCACGUUUUGGAUCCGCAUCAUACCUCGAUAUUAUUGCCGAAGAAUUCGACAAGACGACGAAGAAACGCUUCAGAGGAACAGGCGAUUCAUAUGUUCGGUUCAGUGGCAUGAGAAGCGACACGGAUGCUAGAAAUGGGAUCCGCAACGGCCAGCUCAAGCUCUCGAUGGCUGAGGUCACAGGUUUUUUCGAUCCAUCUAUACGCGAGAUCAUUCGCAUCGUCGACGAGCAGACUCACUUGGCCGCGCCGGCCGCCGUCUCGAGUUUCUUUCUGGUAGGGGGCUUUGCUGCAAGCGAACAUCUCUACAGCUCGCUUCGUGAUCACUUGCAAGGUCAAGGUCUCAAUCUCUUCCGUCCGGAUAAUCAUACAAACAAGGCGGUCGCGGAGGGUGCGGUAUCUUACCAUAUCGAUCAUUUCGUUUCCACUCGGGUAGCAAGAUACACCUACGGUGUUCGAUCCAACACAAGAUAUCGUCCAGGACUUCGAGACCACGAACAACGUGCCUUCAAGAAGUAUACGAACCUUGCUGGCCAUGUCAUGAUCCCUGACAGUUUCUUAUCAAUCCUCAAUAAGGUUGGUACGCAAGUCGCGGAAACCACAAAAUUCGAGAAGGGUCUUUGCCGCCUGUGCCCAUAUGAAACCCGGGACGACCCCGAUCAAUCUGUCCAAGCGAUCACCGUGCUCUGCUAUAAGGGCAGUGGAGCCGUCCAGUGGACUGAUAUUGAGCCAAACAAGUUCUCUGCUCUGUGCACCAUUUCUGCUGACCUCUCGCGGGUCCCUAAAGUUCGACGCAGGAGUCGUUUAGGCACACCCUACUACUGUUUGGAGUAUGAGGUCGUACUCUCCUUUGGGCUCACGGAGCUCAAAGCUCAUAUUUCGUGGAUGGAGGAUGGACAGGAGCGAAGCGGCCCGGCUUCCGUCGUGUACGAUGUUGAUGAUCUAUCUAACGACAGGCGGGAGGAUUGA